UUAUUUGGCGUCCGGGCCCACAGGAGCCUCAAUAAAAUGCCACGGCCUUCGCUUCCUGCUUUCCACGCCAUUUCGCUUCCUCUGCUCGCUCUUUUUCUUCUUUUGCUUCCUUCCGUACUGCGCGUCCUCGUCACUCGCUGUCGAGUGUAACCGGCAAUCUCGCCGUUCUGAGACUUUCCUUCGUCGUUCCCUAAGACGAUCGGUUCGGCUUCUAGUGUAUUGCUUCCGAACCUUGUUUAUCUCUGUAAAACUCGUUCUCUUUCUUUUGCUCUACUGCACUACAUGCAUUAUACUCUUCCGGGAGAUAUUUUCUCUGAAUAUUUACUUUACCUUGUAUAUUGUUUUCUUACAGAUAAGUCUAGCCAAGAUGAGUUCGAGAAGAGGGGGUGGGAAACCUUUCAAUUCAGGCGCUAAUGGUGAGCGAUCACCCAAGGGAAAAAAUGAGCAUGAUGCCAAUAGCUCAAAGGUUGAACAGCAGUUGAGCCACGGUGUAGCAGGCAUUUCUUUGGAGUCAGCACAAGAUGAUGGUGAGUGGGAGGUAAUUUCCAGGAAGUCCAAGAACAGAGCUGGAAGCAGUUCUGCAAAAGCAUGGGUUUCUCAAAAUUCUAAUCAUAAAGCAUGGGGACAUACAGAUGUACCUCAAAAACCAGGAUGGGUUCCUGGAAAUACUUGGCAAACACAAGCUGCUGAUUCUAAAAGACCUGCUGGCAGAGGAAAUGUCAGAUCCCAAUUGUCGACUAGGCAUGCACAGAGCAACUAUGUGACCCCACAACCUGUAAUUCGCCCUCCACUGGAGCAUGGAUGGAACUGGCAGUCUAGAGCUGCUUCCAAUCAGCCUAAGGGUGAAGAAGAUGGCCAGGAAAAAGUUGAAGUUGUCUCCAAAGUCCAUACUGGUGAGGAUAUUGAUGCUGACAAGGAUAAUGACAUUAAUGAUGUCGAUGAUGAUGAUGACGAUGAUGAUGAUUUGGAUGAUAGUGAUGAUGAACUGUUGACUGAUGAAUUUGACUCUGAUUCAAGUGAAAAGAGCUUUGGUACCCGUAAGAACAAUAAAUGGUUUCAGAAAUUCUUUGAGAUUAUGGACAGUCUACCCCUUAAUGAUAUUAAUGAUCCAGCAAGGCAAUGGCACUGUCCCGCAUGUAAAGGUGGUCCUGGUGCCAUUGACUGGUACCGAGGCCUUCAGCCGCUUAUGACACAUGCCAAAACGAAAGGAUCACUAAGGGUGAAGCUGCACAGAGAGUUUGCAGAGCUUUUGGAAGAGGAUUUGCAAAGGAGGGGAACUUCAGUUGUACCAGCUGGUGAAGCAUUUGGUAAAUGGAAAGGUUUAAUUGAUGAAGAAAAGGAUCAUGAUAUAGUCUGGCCUCCAAUGGUUAUCAUCAUGAACACAAGGCUUGAACAGGAUGAGAAUGAAAAGUGGAUUGGCAUGGGAAAUCAAGAACUUCUUGACUACUUCAGUUCAUACGAGGCUGCGAAGGCCAGACAUUCUUAUGGUCCGCAGGGGCACCGUGGGAUGAGUGUGUUGAUCUUUGAGGCCUCAGCAGGGGGAUAUUUAGAGGCUGAACGUUUGCAUAAGCAUUUUGCAGAGCAAGGAACUGACAGGAAUGCUUGGGAUCGCCGUCGUAGCAUGUUCCAUCCAGGUGGGGAGCGCCAGCUUUAUGGUUAUUUGGCACUGAAAGAAGACUUGGAUAUAUUCAACCAGCAUUCACAAGUAGGCAAAUCUAAGCUGAAAUUUGAGAUGAGAUCAUACCAUGAGAUGGUGGUGAACCAAAUUAAGCAAAUGAGUGAGGACAACCAGCAGCUUAUCUGGUUAAAGAACAGGAAUGCUAAACAAGAGAUGGCUAAUAAAGCUCUUCAAAAGAAUUUUGGCAUACUUAGUGAGAAGCUGCGCAAAACAGUGGAGGAGAAUCGAAUUGUAAGACAGAGAACAAAGAUGCAGCAUGAAGAGAACAAGGAAGAGAUGUACAUGCAAGAAAAAUUUUUCAAGGAACAAAUCAAGGUCAUUCAUGAAUCAAGGGAUGCCAAGGAAGAAAAUUUUGAGAUGCUGCAGCAGGAGGAGCGUGAGAAGGUGAAGCAGGCAAAUGCUGAUCCUUCAAAUGCAGAGGAGUAUAGACGCAGGGCGGAGGAGAUUGCCAAGUUCAUUAAAAUUCAAGAAAAGGAGAUGGAAGAAUUUGUGCUAGAGAGAGAUGUACUGAUUCAAGCCCAUGAAGACAAGAUGGCUGCAAUGAGGAAGAGGCAUUGGGAUGAGGAGGUAGAGCUGGAAAAGGAGUUUGAUGCUAAUUUAACCAGGCUCAUGGAGAAAUACACCCCCCACCAUCCGGAACACACUGCAAAGGCAAUUUGAUGUUGUCAGUGGUCUAUAUUAUUAGUUUAGGCGUCAACUCUAAACGAGAUAUUGAGCAUACACUUUUUGGCCACAGCAUAAUAUGGAACUGAAGACAAGUUAACAGUAUUUGCUGAAAGAAAAUAUCAAUAUAGUGAAAGAAACAUGUCAAAACGGGAAGGCCAGUUAAAAUGGUAGUUUCUUUGGUCAUAAGGUUUUAACAGUACUUAUCAAUGGUUGUUACUUAGUAAUGACAGAAAGGUUAGUAGGAUCGAGACUCUUACCUCUGAACCUACUUUUCCUUGGCCACCUUAUUGCUUAGUUGAUUUGCUUUUGUCUACUCUUUAUUCAUAUUUGGUGUUGUUUUAUUUCGCAUAUCUGAUACAGAGGCUAUUGGAAUUUGAUGCUGA